AUGACCGAUAUUUCCCUUCGUCUGGCUCAAACAGAGCUCUUCAAGACACCUAUUAGCAAUUUGUCUGAGGAUGAGCAACUCAUACUUGGCUAUGAACAUGCUCGUGCUUCAGCCCAAGAAUUCGGUGAGCUCGCUAUUCUGUCUGUCGCAUGUAGACUCACAAUUGAGGAUAUCAUCCAUCUUACACCAAAGUUCUGGGAUUAUCACCAGCAGUUAAUCCACACCGUCGCUAUGCCUGCAUUUGUUUUGGUCACUAUCCAAUACAAUCUGGUAGCCGGCACGAUUGGACGAUACAUCACUAAAAGACCUGAUCUUUGGGGUCUGUUGGACUCUAUAGUAAAGUUUGAAGUCUCUGCACAAUUCUUGCUGACAGAGAUUGGUCAUGGACUUGAUGCCAAAAACUUGGAAACAACAGCAACUCUCCUCCCUGAUGGAGGAUUUGACUUGCAUUCACCGACCAUGGGAGCAGCUAAGUUCAUGCCUCCCACGACCCCUAUUUCAAAUUUCCCAAAAGUUGCAGUGGUCUUCGCUAGAUUGAUUGUCUCCGGAGAUGAUCACGGUAUAAGACCGUUCAUUGUCUGGUUGAACGACGGAAACGAGAUGAGCAAAGGAGUUACGUCAAGGAGACUGCCAAAUCGAGCUGGCUCAAGUCCACUUGACCAUUCCGUGACAACUUUCGACCAUGUUAAACUUCCGGCAUCUGCUCUUCUUGGAUCGAUUAAGAAGCCCAAGAACAUGCGAGAUCAAUUUCUCUACUUGAUCCAGCGUGUGGCAGUUGGUACUCUGGCCUUGUCAACUGUGCUGAUCCCCGUUAUGAAACGUGCUGUCUACGUAGCCGGAAAGUACAGCAUCAAAAGAUCGAUCCAAGGAAACAAUAAAAAUGCGGAACUCACACCAAUCAUCUCGUUCCGUACCCAGCAACGGCCGAUUUUGCAUACACUUGCUCAGAUUGCUGUUUUCGAACCUCUAGUACAAGUUGCGAUCGAGACCUUCAUGAAUUCUGUCACCGAACCUGCUAUCCAAAGCGCAAUUGCCACGAUAGUGAAAGCAGUGCUUGUUUCCUCCUCACAGCGCAGUCUCUUUGAGCUGGCUGAAAGAUGUGGGGCCCAAGGAUUAUUUGGCCACAAUCAUAUCAUACAGAAUCAACUUGAAGCUCGUGGUAUUUCCAUUGCGGAAGGCGAUAUUCAAGUGUUAUCCAUAAGACUGGGAUCCGAACUUCUUCUAGGGAGAUACGAAAUUUCCCCCGCCCACGAUGAAACAUCACUACUUGCGCGGCACGAGGCCGGGCUUUUCGAAGAAUGCCGUAUGGCCUUCAAAGAUUUCAAGGGCCAUCGGAAUGAGGCAUUUAACAACGCAAUUCUUCCACGGUGCUUCCCUCUUGUUGAGGCUAUAGGCCAUCGCAUGGCCUUUGAAGCUGCAAGCAAGGCGGGUAUCGAUCCAGAUCUGCUAGCUCUAUACGAAGCAGGUGUUAUCCUUCAAGAUUCUAGCUGGUAUGUGCAACAUGCCGGAUUAACUAGAGAGGAGCAAUUUGAGCGUGAGUCUCGUGCUUUAAGUGCCUGCUUGCCUAAACUGGAGGAACUAUUGCAUGGAACCGGUGCAAAGGAAUUUGUAACUGCACCCAUCUUGUCAGAUGAGGCUUGGGCAGAAUUUCUGUCUGAGUUGAAGACAUUUGAGCCUGCCUCGGGGUGGUCGACCUUUGUGCCUCGACUUCCGUUGCGCUCAAUGCUGUAG